AUGCUUAAUCGUGCUAUUAACACAGGGUUUCGUAAAGCAUUGCCAUCAUUCACAUUCUCAUCAAGAAAUGGCCCAUAUAACCCAAACAGAUAUAGACAUUAUUUGAACCCAAACUUCUUCUAAUCCAAUAAGGAAAUUGCUGAUAUCGCAAAAUCAUAGUAAGUCCCACUCCCAGUUCGAAAUGUCAGACAUGUCAAUCCAGUCAGAUAAUCUGGUCCUCUUCCUCCUUAUGAUGGACCCUAUACAAUGGAAGAUGUAAGAGCUGUUUGGUAGAAUACUUCCAUCGGUAGAUAAGGAACAUGGAGUUGUUAGAUGGAUCCCGAUGAAAUCAUGAGAAGAGUCCCAGGAAUCACUAGAAGAGAAGUUGAAAAGAUCCUAAAUAUGGGAUUGACACCAUAAGAAUAAGUUGAUUUUGCAUAUUUGGUUUAUAACUGUGGUUUCGAUGUGGAUUAUGUUCCAAACAGCGUUUAUGUUGCAAGAUAAGUCGUUACCAAUUCAAAAGGAGAGAAAGUUGAAAUCUUAUGGAAUGUCUAAGUUCUUGAAGAUCUCGCCAAACUACCUGUAGGUUUUGCUCCUGUGAGGGAAUUAAUUGAUUAUCAUUGGGAAAUCUUUCUUUGGUCAGAUCCAAUGAUCAAACCAACUGGUGAUUUAGAUCUUGGUGUUCCCAAUACCUGGUUUGAAUACGAAUGCGAAUGGGGAGGUGAAAUGGUUGGAAUUGAAGAUUAAUUCAACAUCCCAGAAAGUGAUAGAGUAUUCCCAUCUCCAAGAAAUCCUAAUUGCAGAAGAGAACUCUGGAAAUCUCAAGAUGAUAUCCAAGAAUAAUUAGAAAUGGAAGAUGAAAAUUGGUAUCCUAAGGGAACUUCAUAUAAUAUCUACCAGUAAGCAGACUAUAAAAAAGUAACUAAAUCAGAUAGCACAUUUUAAGAAAAAAUAUGAUCAUUACAAAUAUUAAUGCAAUUAUAAUAUAAUAUAAUCUUAUUUAGGUUUUA